AUGCGGGGUGACACCUCCCCAAACGUCAGCCGAGCCGCAUCGCACCACGCUCGCCCACCCUCCCCGCUCAUGUCGCCCACCACCUCGCCUCGCCUUGAGCGGAUGAGCCGCGCAGACGCCGUGCGCAACAACCGCCGCUCGCCGCGUGGCCACCGCCGGCAGAGCCCACGCUAUGGCCCCCUGAAGGAGGAGGUUGAGGUUGACGUCAACGAGCCCACCUCCCCAACAACAACGCCCCCGCGCUCUCCCACGUUCAGACACGAGACGAGGUCCCCGCACGCGCAGCCAAAGCGCGCGUCCAGGCUUAGCAGCGUGCAGAGCUGCGCCUCGGAGAAGGAUGUGUUUGACUCAUCCGCAGCAUCAAGCUUCUCCGCCACCGCAGGCAGCUCCCGCAAGCCUCGCAUGAGCAAGGGCACGUACGACAACGUCGGGUUUGGGCGGGAGCUCGGCCCAGAGGACGACGACGACAUCGCUGCCAGCGGCACUGAAGACGAAGACGUGCACGCGCGCAAGGCCCCCGAGACGCACACGCGGCAACAGCAGCAGCAGCGCCAGAAGACGAAGAAGACAACACCGAGCGUUCGCUUCUCCGUGGGCAGCGACGAGGGCGAAGACGUGCAACUCAGCCCCAGCGCAUCGGUCCGCAGCCAGGCAACGCCACGCGCACGCAGCGUUUCCCCGAAGGACCUGCAGGCCACGGCUCGGGCGGUCAGCAAGCGCAUCGCUACCAUGAAGGGCGCUAGCGAGGAAGCCUCCCCUAAAGCCGCUGCUGACGCUGAAGAGACUGAUACCACGCACGAGGCAGAGCGCCGCGAAUCAAAGGUGCAGCAGAUGACGGCAGCACUCAACACCGCCCACACGCGCAACAUGACCCGGUCCAUGACAGUGAGCAGCCCCAAGGGCCGCCGGCGCGGUGGGCGGACAAAGGCGCUGCCCGCCGCUGCCAGCAAGCAGCCGCUGGCCAGCGCUGGUUUGCUCAGGUUCAAGCAGCGCUCCCUCGAGGACAUUCGUGGCGGCGCCGAGUACAAUGUCGUUGACGAAGACACGCGCAUCGACAACCUCGACCGUUUCAAGAAGCACCUGGCGGCCAUGGAGGAAACGUCCAUUGUUCCGCUGCAGAAGAAGAACUCUGAUGUGAUGGAGCUGCUGCUUCGUUCUGACCGCUGGGACUUGGACAUCUUCAAACUGGAAUCCGCGACAACGUCGCCUCUCACCUGGCUUGGCCUCAAGCACAUCUGCGACCGCAGACUCAACGACAAGCUGCCCAUCAACAUCGACACGUGUGCACGCUUCUUCCACCGGAUCGAGCGCAUGUACAAGCCACACCCAGUCAACUUUUACCACACAAACACCCAUGGUGCAGACGUGUUGCAUGUCAUGGCGUGCCUCCUCGACUCCGUGUCGUACUUUACACCGACUGAGGCUUUUGCGGCCAUCGUUGCUGCUGGCGUCCACGACGUUGGCCAUCCCGGCUACACCAACUCGUUCCUCAUGAAGACGGGGAAUGAUCUCGCCGUCCUUUACAACGACCGCUCCGUGCUCGAAAACUUCCACGCUGCAACAACAUUUCAACUGAUGAAGGAGCACCCUGAUUGUGACAUUCUUGCCCAUUUCAAGCCGGAGGAGAAGAAGACAAUUCGACGGCUGAUCAUUGACAUGGUGCUGGGAACGGACAUGACGCUGCACAAGAAACACAUUGAGACGUUCAUGUCUUAUUCAUCCAAGAGCGCCAGUCUGAUGGAAGAAUACGAGCACAUGGAAGUCCCUGCUGACAUCCUCAGCAUCGAGACAACACUGAAGGAUCGCUCGUUUGUGCUCGAGUACAUGCUGCAUUGCGCCGACUUGUCCGCGUGCACGAAGCCCUGGAACCUGUGCUACAGGUGGGCGUAUCGUGUACUGAAUGAGUUCUGGCUCGAGGGCGAUGAGGAGAAGCGGCGCAAAUUGCCUGUGGGCGACCUCAACGACCGCGAUGCAGGAUCCGUUCCCGCGGGCCAGUACGGAUUCCUGCGCUUUGUGUGCCACCCCUUGUGGAAGGAGUGGAACGAUUUUGUGUCGCCCGAUGUCAAAGGCAUCUUCAUGACCAACCUCGAGUCCAACAUGGCCUUGUGGGAGGCACGCAAGGAAUACGAGCUGAAUCAGCGUGAUAAGACACAAGCCGCUGGAGAUGGCUCGGGCAGCAGCGGGUCGUCGUCACCCAGUAAGGACGGCCAGCAGCGGCAAUCAGGUGCACCAGACAAGAACAAGGCAGCUGGCGCUGGUAACACCAGCGAUACCAACGGCCGCCAUGGCGGAAAGGACUCGCCCGCAGGGCCUCGCAAGCUGAGUCGCGGGGAACAGGCGGCAGUUGUGACGCAGAGCAAGAACCUGGCCGUGAUCCCUCGCCGUCGCAGCCAGCCCUUGGUGCGCAUGGAUAAGAUGGAUGAGUUCGCCUCGGGGGCCCUUGACCGUCUGCGUACCAUGUCCAGAGACGAUGACGACGAGGAUGAGGAGGAGUCAGCGUCUGAUCAGGAGCAGGUCGCUGGCAAGCACCACGACAGCCGUUUGAAGCAAGCUGAGGACAAAGCCGACGGCGGGACGACAUUGUCGUCAUCCUCCUCAAACACAAAGCACCACCAGAGCGCCGUUGAUGCACACGCGCAUGCGCAGCUGUCGGAUUCGUCCUCGUCCACCUCGUCAACGCCGCGCGGCAGUGUCCCGGACGGAGCUCCGAGGUCCAGUGGUGGCGCCGCAAAGGGGCGGCGACGCGGCCGGCGACCCCAACGACAGCGCGAAGACAGCCAAGCAGGCCAGGCUGCCGUGGGCCAGCGACCAAAAUACGCUGUUGAGCUGGAAAUGGAGGACGGUGUAGCUGUGUACACGACGGAGGUCUAG